AUGGCGUCUAUUUGGCGAGCUCUGACGAAAAUCAUUCGGCGAACGCGACCGUCUUCCAGAGAACGCUCUACCUUCGCGCACAUUAUCCCUACGGAAACCCCGGUCGAAGAAGAGACAUUACCUCAUUACAAACCAGCGCAUUACUAUCCGGUGAAAAUCGGUGAUGUAUAUCACACCAGGUAUGAGGUUAUGGGGAAGCUUGGAUAUGGGGCAUAUUCAACGAGCUGGCUCUGCCGGGAUCUCCAGUGCGCCACUCCCAGUCCAAUUGAUCCUCAAGGGGCUCUCACGAGUUAUCAAUCAAGAGCCAAGAGCUACACAUUAUUGAAGGUAUCUACCUGCUUACCAGAUUAUCCUACUGCGACAGAUCGCGAAUUAAGGGUCUAUGAACACCUGGCAAAUGUUGAUUCUCCGCAUCCAGGUCAGUUAUUGAUCCGUGAGCUAUAUGAUUCAUUCAACCUACAGGGUGCUUGGGGCACGCAUAGGUGUCUCGUGUUGCAGCCGAUGGAUAUGACGCUUCUUGAAAUGAUGGCCAUGAAUCCCAGGCCUUUUGAUCUCCCUCUACUGAGAAUGACUGUCAGGCGACUUCUAUUGGCGCUUGAUUUCUUGCACGCGGAGGCUGAGGUUAUUCAUACUGAUUUGAAGACCGACAAUCUGAUGCUCAGCCUAGAGGAUAACUCCAUGCUGGGGGACUUUGUAACAGCGGAAUCCGAAACCCCAAGCCCUCAGAAGUUGAUUGACCAGUCACGUAUCAUUUAUAGCAGUCGAAAGUUUCGCAGGCCCACCGAAGCCAGAAACUACGGUCUCCCAGUCCUAUGUGACUUUGGUGAGGCAAGAAUUGGUGAAACGCAGGAGUCAGGGCCUUUCGUCCAACCACGCAUAUACCGGGCGCCUGAGGUCAUUUUCGAAAUGCCCUGGGGAAGUGCUAUCGAUAUCUGGAAUCUUGCAGGCCUUAUUUGGGAUCUGUUCGAAGGGCAGCAUCUGUUUGGAGAUAUAUUCGAUUCCACGGGUAGCCAUGAUCCGUUUAGGCAUUUGGCACUUAUGGUAGCCUUGAUUGGGCCGCCGCCAUCCGAAUUCGUGCGGCGUAGUGAGACGACGAGCCAGUGCUUUGAUUCCAGCGGUGGCUGGAUCGCUCAUACUGAAGCCCCUGUACCCUCUGUUUCAUUGGAGGCCCUGGAAAAGCGGCUCGGCGGCGAGGAGAAAGAGUUAUUUUUGGCAUUCGUUAGGUCGAUGUUACAAUGGAUGCCGGAGGAACGCAAGACAGCCAAACAGCUUCUUGAACAUCCGUUCUUGCUCUAG